CGCCAAGGGAGGAGGCGCCGAGCUGACCGGGCGACGCCGCGGGAGGUUCUGGAAACGCCAGGAGCUGCGAGUGUCCAGACAUCCUUGUGGAACCAGCGUUGUUUUUCCUUGGCAGCUGCGGAGACCCGUGAUAAUUCGUUAACUAAUUCAACAAACGGGACCCUUCUGUGUACCAGAAACCGCAAGCAGUUGCUAACCCAGUGGGACAGGCGGAUUGGAAGAGCGGGAAGGUCCUGGCCCAGAGCAGUGUGGUGAGCGCUGUGCUGGAAGGGAAUGCGGGCAGUGGGUACUUGGUAGAGCACUGACUACCUCCGGCCAGAGGACUUCCCGGAGGAGGUGACCCAUGAGGUGGAGUGGUCUGAGGAAGGCUGGCAAAAGGGCAGCGUGGACAGAGGAACAGCCUAUGUGAGUGGGAGCAGAGACCUUGGCCAAUGCCAUUCCUUAUGGCCUUGUAGUGGAAGCAAGGUGAUGGGGAAGGAACACUGUAGGGGAUAGCUGUCCACGGACGCUGUCUACAAGACCCUGGAGUGAGAUAACGUGCCUGGUACUGUGCCCUGCAUGUGUAAGAUGCCCAGUUGAACUUCGCAGCAGGAGCCUGGAUCAGGGCACUUCCUGCCUCAGGUAUUGCUGGAAAGCCCAGACACUUCCCUCUGUGACCAUGAAACUCUGGGUGUCUGCAUUGCUGAUGGCCUGGUUUGGUGUCCUGAGCUGUGUGCAGGCCGAAUUCUUCACCUCUAUUGGGCACAUGACUGACCUGAUUUAUGCAGAGAAAGAGCUGGUGCAGUCUCUGAAAGAGUACAUCCUUGUGGAGGAAGCCAAGCUUUCCAAGAUUAAGAGCUGGGCCAACAAAAUGGAAGCCUUGACUAGCAAGUCAGCUGCUGAUGCUGAGGGCUACCUGGCUCACCCUGUGAAUGCCUACAAACUGGUGAAGCGGCUAAACACAGACUGGCCUGCGCUGGAGGACCUUGUCCUGCAGGACUCAGCUGCAGGUUUUAUCGCCAACCUCUCUGUGCAGCGGCAGUUCUUCCCCACUGAUGAGGACGAGAUAGGAGCUGCCAAAGCCCUGAUGAGACUUCAGGACACAUACAGGCUGGACCCAGGCACAAUUUCCAGAGGGGAACUUCCAGGAACCAAGUACCAGGCAAUGCUGAGUGUGGAUGACUGCUUUGGGAUGGGCCGCUCGGCCUACAAUGAAGGGGACUAUUAUCAUACGGUGUUGUGGAUGGAGCAGGUGCUAAAGCAGCUUGAUGCCGGGGAGGAGGCCACCACAACCAAGUCCCAGGUGCUGGACUACCUCAGCUAUGCUGUCUUCCAGUUGGGUGAUCUGCACCGUGCCCUGGAGCUCACCCGCCGCCUGCUCUCCCUUGACCCAAGCCAUGAACGAGCUGGAGGGAAUCUGCGGUACUUUGAGCAGUUAUUGGAGGAAGAGAGAGAAAAAACGUUAUCAAAUCAGACAGAAGCUGAGCUAGCAACCCCAGAAGGCAUCUAUGAGAGGCCUGUGGACUACCUGCCUGAGAGGGAUAUUUACGAGAGCCUCUGUCGUGGGGAGGGUGUCAAACUGACACCCCGUAGACAGAAGAGGCUUUUCUGUAGGUACCACCAUGGCAACAGGGCCCCACAGCUGCUCAUUGCCCCCUUCAAAGAGGAGGACGAGUGGGACAGCCCGCACAUCGUCAGGUACUACGAUGUCAUGUCUGAUGAGGAAAUCGAGAGGAUCAAGGAGAUCGCAAAACCUAAACUUGCACGAGCCACCGUUCGUGAUCCCAAGACAGGAGUCCUCACUGUCGCCAGCUACCGGGUUUCCAAAAGCUCCUGGCUAGAGGAAGAUGAUGACCCUGUUGUGGCCCGAGUAAAUCGUCGGAUGCAGCAUAUCACAGGGUUAACAGUAAAGACUGCAGAAUUGUUACAGGUUGCAAAUUAUGGAGUGGGAGGACAAUAUGAACCGCACUUCGACUUCUCUAGGCGACCUUUUGACAGCGGCCUCAAAACAGAGGGGAAUAGGUUAGCGACGUUUCUUAACUACAUGAGUGAUGUAGAAGCUGGUGGUGCCACCGUCUUCCCUGACCUGGGGGCUGCAAUUUGGCCUAAGAAGGGUACAGCUGUGUUCUGGUACAACCUCUUGCGGAGCGGGGAAGGUGACUACCGAACAAGACAUGCUGCCUGCCCUGUGCUUGUGGGCUGCAAGUGGGGUUUUUUUCUGCUGUUACUACCAUCCAGCCAUGUAAUGUCCAUGCAGCUGGUAAAUGCCAAGGCAGCUGGUUGGAAACACUCAGAGAUACACAGAAGCUGAAGAAGGCCUGAGGAUGAACAGCUGCAUAAGCACCAUAGGUCCAGGACCCUCUGGCAAGGCUUCUGAGGGAGCAGAGUGGAGAGCUGGAAGCAGUGAGGGGAAAGAGUGUCUCAGGCAAACAAGGCCCAUAUGGAUGGAGGCAGAGGCUAAAACCAGCAUACGGGUGUGGGGGCUGGCUCCCUUGUCAGUUGAAGAAAGGGAGGCCUGUGGCACAGGGGCCAGAAGAUGAGGCUGGAGGCUGGGACCAAACUGCAGAGGCUCAAGCUUGAGCCUUAUCCUGGGAGCAGUUGUGGUGAGCCUCGGAGAGGCUCAAACCAGGAUAUGACAGGAAGUGUUUGUAAGGAGAUGAGUGUGUAGCUUGGAGAGUUUUGAAGAUAAAUAGUGAUAGGUUUGCAGAUAAUUAAGCAAAUGGAAAAGAAAACAAGGCAGUUGCUGAAUUCAGGGGAAAAAAAAGUUGUACAAGAAAGGAAAUGUAAGUAUAAUCUACUAGAUGGCUCAGGUGUAACACAUGAUAUAAUUAUGUACACACUGAAUAUUACUUUAACUAAAACUUAUGAUUUACCUGUUCUGGAAAGAUGGGAGGGGAUGAGUUUGUGUUUUAGGGGUAGAAUAAAAGAAUUCCAAAGUUGAAAGUCAAGGAAUAGAACUAUAAGCAUCUUAUCUAGAAAAAUGAGGUUAAAUAUCAGAAGAAACAGCUAGAGGAGUUUAAUAUUCCCUGGGAGUGGAGAUUAGGGAUGGGAAGGAGAGGCUUAGGAGGAGUGCUAUUUAUCAUUAUAAGCCUUGUGACAAUUUUAUUUUUUUCAAUGAAGUACAUGUUAUUACUUUAUAUUUUAAAAGCUCUGUGACUUCAGUAGUGCAUUGAAAUAAAAUUUUUAUUCAUUAUGA